UAAGGUAAGAGGCGCCAGUGUUCCCUUGGACGUGGUGGGGAGAGGACAUGUUCGCGCCGCCCCUCUCCCCUCUCUCUCUCCCUCCCUCUCCCCCGCCGGCCGCCGCUGCUACCACGAGACAGACACAAACGUACACACACACGCACACACUCACCCACACGGAAGAGGAGGACACGCACACAAACGCACGCACAUAAGAAACCCAGUUAAAGAAAAGAAAGAAAAAGUGAAAAAGUUGGAAGAAGAAAAUAAAAGAUAAAGUUUAGGAAAAGGAAAACAUUGGAAUAAGUGUGAAAUUAAAGAUAAAGAAAGAGAGAAAGUAAGAAAACACAAGAGCCUAUGAAAGAAAGUUGCAGGUCUAACUUUUUAUUUUUUUUCACUUUCACUUUCACUUUCCGUCACCACUGGUAAACUUUUUUGGGUGAUGACUGAAGGUGAGUGAGCGGUGGUGAUGAGGGGGUGGUGUGCCUACGAUGGGCAGGUGAUGGUGAUGAUGAUGCAGGUGGUGAUGAUGACUGUGGUGGUGAUGCUGGCGGCGGUGAUGACUUCAUGACGGAUAGUGGAGAUGAAGAUGACAUGAGAAGAGGCAGAGAAGAGGAAGGAGAAGAGGGAGAGACGCAUAAAGAGGAACUAAAGAAUAACAAGAAGAAAAGGUGAAUAUACAAAGAGAUAAAGAGGAAAAUAAAUAAAGAGGAAGAGAAGAGGAAGGAGGAGAGAAGAGACAGGUGAAGAGAGGACCUGAGGAGAAGAAAAGAAAGAAGAAAAAGUGAAGAAAAUACCAAAAACACAUAAAAAGGAAGAGAAGACGAAGGAGAAGAGGGAGAAAUAGGUAAAGAGAGCAACUAAAGAGAGAAAGAUAAAAAAAAGUUAGUGAAGAAAAUACAAACACACGCACAAAGGAAUAUAAGAAAAAAAAUAACAAAAACAACAACUCCACAAUCCACUAAUCAAAAUAAUGGAAAAACAAAAAAAUGAAAAUAAAAUAGAUUAAUAAAAGUGAAAAGCAACAAAAAAAGAAAAUAAAGAAAGUAAGAAAAAGUGAAAAAAAUAUAUAGUGAAAGUUUUGUGUGUGCGUGAGUUAAGAAAAUUAAAACAACAUAAUAAUAAAAAAGAAUAAGAAGAGAAAAUAAAGAAGGAUAAACGAAGAUAAUGUGAAAAGUUGAUAAUUAUGGUGUUAGUGUUAAUUCCUUACCUGAGAGUUCUUAUUACUGUUAUUACCUGGGCAGUGACUUAACAAACAGAACUUUACUGAACACGUGAAUAAAGAAAAAUAAAGAAAACAAAUAAGUGAAUAAAACAAAACAAAGAAUAAGAAAGAAAAGAAAGAACAAGACAAAAAGAAAAAAAUAAAGAAAAGUUAAAGAAGGAAAAAAAUAUUAAUACGUGUGACCUGAAAAAAAAAAAAAAUCAGCGUGUGUCUGCGUGUGUGUUCGUGCGUGCGUCGAGGUGUUGUGAUGAGGCGGAGGAUGACACUGACACCUGAUUGGCCGAGAAAAUAACGUUGCAUGUGACGUCACGCCGCGCCCACCAAUAGGACGGCCGCCAGACUGACAGAUGGCGUGGGGUGUGAGUGCCCCCGUCGCUGCCGCCCCACAGCUGCUGGCGUGGCUGUGGGCGGCGGCGUGGGUGGUGCUGGGGGCGUGCGGCUCCCCCCAGAUCGGGCCCUGCACCUUCAACCACCUGUGCACGUGUAGCUACUCCGGGGACGCGCCCACCGCCGCCUACGCCUACACCUCCCCGCCCGCACCCGACCGCAUCACCGAGCUCACCUGCGUCGGGGUCCCUUUUGCGAGGAUCCCAGAAAUCCCGCCCGGGCUGGUGAUGCAGAUGGACGUUCUCAACUCAGGCCUCGAGGUGAUCGCUGAGCAGGACUUCGGCGACACGCGCGUGGGUAACCUGCGUCUCAUGUCCAACAACAUCAGACUCAUCGCCGACAAGGCCUUCAGCGGAAUGAGCCAGUUCCUUCAGAGUCUUGACCUGAGCCACAACGAGCUGACCAGAGUUCCGCGCGGCGCCCUCACGCCACUAAAGUCCCUGGAGUGGUUCAACUUGCACGGUAACCACAUCGCCGAGCUGGUGGAGGAGGACUGGGCGGGGCUGCGGGACACCCUGGCCACACUCUUCCUCGGCGACAACGACAUCGACCACGUGCCGCGGGAUGUCUUCUCCAGGUGCAAGCGGCUGCUCAGACUCAACCUCGACGACAAUAACAUCCUCACCCUCGAGCGGGACUCCCUCUCGAGGAACAUCCAGACCCUGAGCCUCAGCCAUAACCUGCUCACCGGCUUCCCCUCCGAGGCGCUGAGCAGCAUCCGCGGCCUCACGUGGCUCUUCCUGCGAGGCAACCUCCUGGACCGCCUCCCGGACUCCGGCUUCGUGGUGCAGAAGAAGCUGGACAAGCUGGACCUUGGCGAGAACUUCAUCCGCUUCAUCCCCAACAACCUCUUCAACGGCUCCCUCACCGUGCGGGACCUGCACCUCGACUUCAACCUGCUGACGGAGAUCCAGGAGCGCGCCUUCCAGGGCCUCGACCCCGGCCGCCUUUACCUCUCGUCCAACAACAUCUUCAACAUCAGCGAGGAGGCCUUCCUGGGUGGCCCCGAGAACUCCCUGGUCAUGGUGGACCUGGAGAAGAACUCCCUCACGUCGGUGCCCAGGGCGCUGUCCAAGCUGAAGCGGCUGCGCUACCUCUACCUGCCCGACAACAAGAUCUCGGAGAUCAAGGAGGACGCCUUCUGCUCCUUCUGCGAGACGCUCGAGUCGCUGAGCCUGUCGGGCAACCAGCUGCUGGCGGUGCCGCGCGCGUCGCUGGAGAACUGCAGCACCAUCACGCACCUCAACCUCGGCCACAACCAGAUCGAAGACCUGCGCGAGGAGGACUUCGAGACGUGGGGCGACAACCUGGAGACGCUGGUGCUCCGCAACAAUAAGAUCCAGCGCGUGCUGCCGCACACCUUCCGCUACACGCCCAAGCUGCGCGAGCUGAGCCUCUCCUUCAACCGCAUCGGCGACAUCACGCCGGAGUCCUUCAUCGACAUCCUCAACACCCUGGAGGUGCUGGAGAUCAGCUUCGGCUUCUACCGCGACGACUUCCCGGAGGAGGUGCUCAAGCCGCUGACGGCGCUGCAGUGGAUCGCCCUCGACAACAACAACUUCCGGACCAUCUCGGAGACGGCGCUCUACUCCUUCGGCGAGCUGCACUACUUCAACAUGGACUCCAACCGCUUGACGCACAUCCCCAAGACGCUCUUCCACCAGAACGUCCACAAGAAGCUGAGCGACAUCCGGCUGGCGCUCAACUUCAUCGACCGGCUGGAGACGCACACCUUCCACCACCUGGUCAGCCUGCGCACGCUGGUGCUGACGGGCAACAAGAUCAGGACGGUGCAUUUCGAGGCCUUCAAGGACCUGCCCGUGCUAAGCACCAUCCUGCUCAGCGACAACCAGCUGGAGCACAUCGAGCCGCGCGCCUUCUCGGACCUGCCGGGCCUGGUGGAGCUGGACCUGCAGCAGAACAGGCUGAAGGAGUUCUCGCUGGCCGUAUUCGCCAACGUGACCACCGCCCUCACGCCGCUGGACGUCAACAUCUCCUACAACGAGAUCCACGAGCUGGGCGCCGCCUCGGGGCCGCACCCGCAGAUCAUGAGCCUCGACGUGAGCCACAACGCCCUCAAGGAGGUGCCCAUCAACUUCCUCGGCGCCAUCGUGUUCUCGCUGCAGCGGCUCGACCUCGGCUACAACAAGAUCACCAAGCUGGACAGCACGGCCUUCGGGCACCUGCCGCGCCUGCAAAUGCUGAUCCUGGUGCACAACGGCAUCAAGCAGAUCCGGUCGCGCGCCUUCAGCUCCCUGGAGAUGGUGCAGCUGCUGGACCUGAGCCACAACCACCUCAAGAACCUGCCGCCCAAGUGCUUCUCCGACACCACCUUCCUGCGCGUGCUCGACCUCUCCUUCAACCACCUCCGCUCGCUGCCCCUUUCAGUGUUCCGCGGCACGCGCCUCGAGACGCUGCAGCUGUCACACAACCAGUUCGUGUCCAUGCCCGUGACCAUGUUCAAGGACGUGGAGGAGACGCUGCACUACCUCGACAUCUCGCACAACCACCUCGAGCACCUGGACUCCACCAUGUUCUACAACGCGCCCGACCUCAUCGAACUCAACCUCGCCCACAACCGGCUCUCCAUCCUGCCCGACAACGUGUUCCUCUCGCUCACGGGCCUCAUCACCCUCGACCUCAGCGGCAACCCGGUCCGCGCGAACUUCAAGGAGCUCUUCCACUACACACAGAACAUCCAGAAGCUCAACAUGGCCAGCAUCGGGUUCACCUCCUCCCCCAUCAUCCCGCUCCCCAACCUCAUCUCCCUCAACCUCUCCUCCAACGGCAUCGCGGAGAUCGAGCAGCAGUCGGUGGAGUCCCUGGUGCGCCUCCGCUCGCUCGACCUCUCCCACAACCAGCUCGUCCAGGUCAGGUCGAGGCUCUGGAGGUCGAUGGUCUACCUCAAAUACCUCGACCUCUCCUACAACCCUAUCGAGUCGCUGACCAAGGACAGCUUCGGCGGGGCGUCCAACAUCGAGACGCUGGUCCUGAGCAAUCUGGACAACAUCACGCGCUUCGACUACGAUGCGCUCAGCCAUAUGACCUUCUUGAGGGAGCUGUACAUGAACACCUACCCCAACAUCGAGAAGUACAG